AUGAAUAAUUUGUGGCAUGAUCUGGGUAUAAACACUUAUUUGCAAGGUAUUGUUAUGGAGGAGACCAACAAAGAAGGGAAUGAAGAUGCCAUCAAGGACCUCUUUUUGCGUUCAAUCAAGUCUUUGAAGAAGUUGGCUAUAGAUCCUACCCACUCUAAAUCUCGAACGUUGGCUAUAGAUCCUACCCACUCUAAAUCUCGAACGUUGGCUAUAGAUCCUACCCACUCUAAAUCUCGAACGUUGGCUAUAGAUCUUACCCACUCUAAAUCUCGAAGGUUGGCUAUAGAUCCUACCCACUCUAAAUCUCGAAGGUUGGCUAUAGAUCCUACCCACUCUAAAUCUCGAAGGUUGGCUAUAGAUCUUACCCACUCUAAAUCUCGAAGGUUGGCUAUAGAUCUUACCCACUCUAAAUCUCGAAGGUUGGCUAUAGAUCCUACCCACUCUAAAUCUCGAAGGUUGGCUAUAGAUCUUACCCGCUCUAAAUCUCGAACGUUGGCUAUAGAUCCUACCCACUCUAAAUCUCGAAGGUUGGCUAUAGAUCCUACCCGCUCUAAAUCUCGAAGGUUGGUAGAUCCUACCCACUCUAAAUCGAAGGUUGGCUAUAGAUCCUCCCGCUAA